CGUGUCGCCGACCAUGGAGCGACAUUAUCAUCAGCCGUACCAGCCCGCAUACUCGUCUCCGAACGCACAAUACGACAGAAGUUUUCCGGACCGAGUACAGGAACGCACUUACGAACAGCCUCAAACGAGCCCGUUCAAGCCAGAUCCUUCCUUCAGAGCCGAGCCAACAUAUUCCAGUAGAGAGCCCUCUCAUGGCCUACGAGAGUCGUCAUUCGGCAGCCGCGAGCCUGGAUACGGCGGUCGAGAAUCUUCGUACAAUUCGAGCCAAGAGCCGGCUUAUAGUCGACCUCACGAAGACCCGUACCGAGCUCCGCGGGAUGGGAGUUACAAUCCUUACGAGCAGCCUCAACCGUCGCCUUCCCAAGGACCUCCGCUAGAUUACAGAACACAAGUGAAUACUUCCCGAUCGGGGAGGCUCACCACGACGUUCAAAGCAGAACCGAUUCCCAUAGGAGAAGGGCUUCGGCUGAAUCCGGGAUAUUUCAAAACUUGUCCAGGAAUCAUCAAAAUCAUCCAGAUAAUCUUGGGAAUGGUAUGCCUGGGAUUUUCAACACCUGCUCUGACGGGCUGCGCAAGAUUCUUCUUAUUUGUUACGGCCACAUGCUACAUCCUAACAGUGCUCCUGUGCAUCAUCAUCAUUCUUGGCAUCGACAGGGCGCUAUUCCAGAUUCCUUGGUUGACGGGGGAGCUCGUUUACACCGCCAUUGCCGCUGUGUGUUUCUCUUUGGCAUCGCUCAUUCUUCUCGCAGACAUUGCCUCCUACGAUUGGCCGGGCAGCGAUUAUCGUGCUAUUCGUGAUCAGUACAUCGGCGCAGGCAUUUUCGGGAUCUGUCAAGCCGUAGCUUACGGAUUUGGGAUGUUUUUCCUAUUCAUCGACUGGAAAGGAACGAGACCGGUUCCGCCACCUCGGACGGUGACAACCAACUAGAAUGAUGCUCGCUCGUCAGACGCGAGCUCCCGAACGGAAUCCGACACAGAAUCCCCUCUGGGCGAUCUUGGGUUGGGUCUGGCCGGGAACCACGAAAUGGGAAUACUUCUCUGGCAAUAGGUAGAUAUGUCAUCCGCGAGAAAAUCACCAAAUAUUGACCCCGGGGAACCUCGAGAACGGAACGAGAUGUGUUGAGAUAGACAUUUCACAAUAAACCAGGGGGUCGCCGAGCAAGAUCGCGAACUCGA